AUGCCAUGCGUAUAUGGCAUCUCUCGCAGAUCCGGGAAGCGCAGCGCAGAAAGCUAUCAAGCUAUGAAGAAGAGCGCCGAACUCGACACGCACGCCAAUGACCGCGAAAUGGCAUUUUUGGAUGGUUCUCUCACCAUGGACCCUGCAGAUCUCACUAGGUCCUCAUCAUCUUCAUCUUCGUCCGUCAGGAUGGAUAUGCUGAGAGCUGCGCACGUGACCGACUCAGGCCUGCGCACACCACCAGGGGCUUCAGGGGCUUCAGGGGCCUCGGAUCCUUUAGACAUGGACUUUUUAAAUUCGCCUGCCUCUAUGGAAACUGGCGAUUCUGAAUCCACCAUGGACUCAGCCGGGCUGGAUCAAUACCCGUCGUCUCCAGAAGACCCCUGCCCAGAUCUCCCGGAUUACUUGAAGCAGCAACUUAAAGAUUGGGCAUUCGAUAACAUGUUCCUGCCCAAUCUCCUCCCGACCCCCCAGAUUUCACCCCGGGGUUCUCUAUGUCCAUCCAUGUUUGAAAAGUCCGAACUGCAUAUUCCGAAUACUAUGCACCCAUAUGACUUCUCGGUACCUCAUGAAGUGGAAACACCCCAAUGCUUCAAACCGGGCUCAAUCUACUCCACUAGCCCCGUUUCCGAGCCCGAGUUUGAGUUCAAUCACGAUCAAGAUUUCUCAGAUGGACUUGUACCGUCAAUCGAAACAGAUAGCUACUUCGAUCGCCAACCGGCAGCCCCCAGCCACACGACCGACACGUCGCCAGGCAGCUCAUCGUACAGCUCUCGUGCUACGGAUCACCAAGCUUCGGCUGCAGAAGCUUGCCGGUGUAAUGAAACCAUCAUUACACAUUUAUCCCUGCUCCCCGAACAUCAUGAAAACCGCUCUUACGAGAUGGAACUUGCGGAGCUGCAGGAAUCGCUCAAGCUCGGCUCUGACGUGCUGAAUUGCGUCUGCGCUGGCAAAGACGACUCAAUGACCUUGUCAAUGAGUCUGCUUGUUUCUCAGAUCGUGUCCGUUCUGGAGCGCCUUUGUCGUCGAGCAAGGGAAGAGGAACAGAAUGACGGCACCCCAAGCACGCGGGGCAAAACACAUUUUGAUGCCGAGCGAUUCUCCUUGGGCAUGUAUCAGAUUGCCAAAGAAGACGAGAAGAGACUCAAGCAGGAGAUGUUAGGGCUGCAGAUUAAGAAAGUUGAGUUGUUGAUCAUGUGCUCGAGGGAAAUGGUAAAGGGAUUGAUGGGCCAACGACAGCAAUCUCGCCGCCAGCCAGAUACCCAGGCGCUGGUGUCGGAAAAGCUAUUUAAUUACCUUGCCGAACAUGUCAGGAACGUGAGGGCAGAGUGGGAUCCAAGGAAUAGUGAAUCGUGA